CCGAACCCACCCUCUUUUCCAUUUUAUCUUCCUCACACCUCACCACCUGUCACUAUAUCGAACCCUAAAUCACCCUUGCCAUUUCAUACUGCACAGAACACAACUUCCAUGCACUUGUCAGUCACCGUAUCCCAACCCCUUCCCAUUCGGCAGAGGAUUUUAAUCUUCUCAAUUUCUUCGUGGACUAAACCAUAAACACUCUCCUCUCAAAGCCUCUCUGUAAAAAUUUUCAUCCUUUUUUUUUUUUAAUUUAAAAAAAAUGGAGAAUUACUCUUAUAACUCGUAUCCGGACUCCGGCGACUCUUCGCCACGGUCCCGAGAAAUCGACCUCGAAAAUCCACCGUCAUGGGAGGACCAACCGCAACAUGCACAAAACUACAAGGCCAAGUUUAUAUGCAGCUACGGAGGCAAGAUCCACCCUCGACCUCAUGACAACCUGCUAUCUUACAUCGGCGGAGAGACCAAGAUCCUAGCCGUUGAACGCACCAUCAAAUUCUCCUCAAUGAUCUCCAAGCUCUCCGCUCUCUGCGGCGGUGGCGACGUUAACGUUUCAUUCAAGUACCAGCUCCCCGGCGAAGAGCUCGACGCCCUUAUUUCUGUCACUAACGACGAUGAUCUCGAGCACAUGAUGCACGAGUACGAUCGCCUUUAUCAAGCUUCGGCUAAGCCAGCCAGGAUGCGGCUCUUCCUAUUUCCGGUGACGGGCUCCGAGAAUUCCAGGAGCGAAGGGACGAAAUCGGACCGUGAUCAGUUCUUGGAGGCUUUGAAUUACGGUCCGACCCCAGGACGCGAGAAAAACGCUCCGAUUCCACCAAACAAUGUAGAUUUCUUGUUUGGACUUGAAAAGGGAAUAGCUCCACCUCCGCCGGUGAAAAUCCUCGAUACCGUGGCGGAACCGGUGACCCCGCCGCCUCCUCCGAUACCGGAAGUCGUGGGUACAGAUCAUGUUUUUAAUCCGGUUGAAAUUCAGAGACAGUUACAAGAAUUGCAGAGGCUUCAUAUUCGGGAUCAAGAACAGCUGGCUUUGUAUGCGAAGAAGAAUGAAGACGCUGCUUCUUUGCCUUAUACAAGGGAAUACUACACCCAGAAGUUACCUGAAAAAGCGCCACCGGUGACUGUACCGGUAAAUUUACAACAGCAUAUGCAGGCUACAGCUGGAUUCUGGUCGGAUAAACAAAUUUCUUCCGGAGGUUUCCCAGCAACCGUAACUACAGCCCCAGGCCCACUACCGCAGGCGGAACAUCCUGUUUACAUGAUCCCAGCACCGGGACAGGUUCCGGCCACCGUAUACCACGCACCUUCACCAGUUCCAGUUCCAACUCCAGCACCUGCACCAGCAGCACCACAAAUGGUUCGACAGGUAACUGGACAAGCCGGUCAAGGCUACUACACCAACAUACAGAGAAUGCCACAUGAAGUCUACCGGGAGCAACCUGUUUACAACAUGGUGGCGCAACCUCCGCCGACUCAACACCAGCCUAUAUCAGCCAUGCCGCAUCCGCAGCAGGUUAUGAGGCCGCCUAGCGGAGGGGUGUCAGAUAGUGCAUACGCCCAGAUGGCAGCGUACGACGGGCAGGUUUAUUAUACUGCGCCGGGUGGUGUUGUUGUGCCACCUCAGUAUCAAGGCUUUGGCGUGGCGGUUACUGGUGAAAUGAAAGGGGGUGUCGAGGGUAAAGUGGUAAAUAAAGUCUCACAAGGUUCAGUUAAUUAAUUAUUAAAGAAAUUGUGAUGUAUCAAGUAAGUAUAGUUUUAAAAUUUUGGCUCUUAUUUUAUUGUGUUUUUUAUGCUAUAUGAGAUUAUGAGUUUGUGAAUAUUAUUUUGCUUUGUUUAGCUGCUUAAAUUAUGAUUUGGAUUACCUUUCUAGACGAUUAUUGGAUCUCGAAUAUAUUCAUAA